AUGUAUCGGUUGGGAUGUCCACGCUCUCAACGUUUAUUGGUCACCUUCAGAGUUGUUCCAUCCACUGCGGCGUACUCAACACAGCAGCGGCAGCAUCCAAACAUGACCGUCUAUGUGGAGAAACGAGACGAUAAACGUGAGUUUUUUGAAGUUUCUUUUUUCGUUUUAGAUAUUGUUGAUCGAGGUCGAAAAAUUGAUUGUCACGGAAGAUAUAGGCCCUGUGAUGGUGCUGUUUUAGUGGCAUUAGGUUGCCUGGAGUGUAAUCUUGCUCUGAAUUUAUGUUUCGGCAAUAAAAAAUACCCAUUUCCCACUCAUGUUUCUAGAUUAAUUUUCUCUCUGAACAUGUGAGGUCAAUGUGUAAUUUGCAGUCAACCGUUCCAAAUUGGAAUCGACGUUCUUUUGAGCUGCCCAAAAAUGCGAAAGAGCGGAUUGAUUGAUGUGGUUAAUAAAGAACUAGUGUUCUUUGUAACGAUUUAAAUUAGAUUUUUACCAAGUAUUAUAUAUUUUUUAUGCGAACCACCCAGUUGUAACUGUCUGGUCGCUGAUUUAUGGGACCAGACUGUAUGCUGUAAAAAUUUUGACGCCUUCUUCCUUCUAACACGGAAAUGACCUCGAAUUAGCAGAUAAAAAUCCAUCAUAAUUUCGAGUGCAAUGUAGAUCUUAUCUAAAGAGGAGGGAAGUAGAAAGUUACCUGUAGAUUUAGAUCUCAGCUCGGUGUAAUAGAUGUUUGAUUUUCAGGUCAGAACACACUCUUUGCACCGUUGAAGGACUUCCCAUUUAAUGGAAAUGUAGCGGCGGCCGAUGUUUAUCUGGGAAAAUUGAAGAAGGAGGUAAUACCUUUUGUUUAUUUUUCUUCUGUUUUUAGGUCUAAUGCUGGAGAGAACCAAACAUAUUGGAUAAAUUGAUAAUUUUCGUUAAGAUUCCAUCUGUUGAUAUCUAAAAUAAUGUUUGCAGGAGCCGAAGAAAGAGGUGAAGACCACAAACCCAUCAACCUCGGGCGAUAUGAAGCGGACAACGAUAGUUGAUCUGGUCAAGAAAUUUACUGCGCCGACGGAGAGAAGCCCCGGCUACUCACCGGCGGAAUCUGUAAAGGAUUUCACUUUUUGCUUUGAUGAUGAAGUUUUAACGAUAGAAUCAGUGGAAUGCCCGAGACUGCUGAAAGAUGGUGAGUGGAUUAUUUUUUUUUGUUAAUUUAUGCGAUUUCAGAGCUUCGAAAAGUCUUCGAACCCCGCUCCCCGCACCUCUUCUCCCACCCAAUCACUGUGAUCAACAUCUUCCAACAGGAAGCGCAGACCUUUGAGGAGGUGACAUCGGAGGAGAAGCUCGAUGCCAAACUGGUCUAUUUCGUGGAAACGGCGGACUCGAUUUGCGACUCUUUGAAUAGAAUGGGAUAUUGGGCCGAUUACCUGGACCCCCACUCUGGCCAAGCCCGCCGAGACCCCGCGGGCGCGGCCGAAAGAAUGCUGAAGCCAAACCCCGAACAUCAGAAGGUCGGCUUCAAUCUGGAGGACCUCAAAAAGUGCAUCCGAAUCAGCAAUGUGUCGUUUGAUAGCCAGCAUUAUAUCGGCAGCAUUUUCACCAACGCCAAGGUCGACGAAGCCAACAUGGCCGACUUUUUCGAUGUCCUCAACGGAGAUGAAGACGAUUUUAGGCAAAAAUAG